AGCCAGAAGGUUCUGCCACCAAGCACCGCCUUCCCACGGGGAACACAAACUCGCUGGCGGGAAGAACCCGGAAAGAAACCUGUGGAUCUCCCUUCGAGAUUGUCCAAAGAGAGGAAAGGUGACUUUGACAUUGGUGCCCCUUAGCAGCACUCUGCAGAAAUGCCUCCUCAGCUGCAAAACGGCCUGGACAUCGCAGCCAAAGUUGUCCAGGGCACCCUGGACAGCCUACCCCAGGCGGUGAGGGAGUUUAUCGAGAACAACGCUGAGCUGUGUCAGCCCGAUCGCAUCCACAUCUGCGAUGGCUCCGAGGAGGAGAAUACACAGCUUCUGGGCUACAUGGAGGAGCAGGGCACCCUCAGGCGGCUGAAGAAAUAUGACAGCUGCUGGUUAGCUCUCACUGACCCCAGGGAUGUGGCCAGGAUCGAAAGCAAGACGGUUAUCAUCACCCAAGAGCAAAGAGACACAGUGCCCAUCCCCAAAACUGGCCUCAGCCAGCUCGGUCGCUGGAUGUCAGAGGAGGAUUUUGAGAAAGCAUUCAAUGCCAGAUUCCCAGGGUGCAUGAAAGGUCGCACCAUGUAUGUCAUCCCAUUCAGCAUGGGGCCGCUGGGCUCGCCUCUGUCAAAGAUCGGCAUUGAGCUGACGGAUUCGCCCUAUGUGGUGGCCAGCAUGAGGAUCAUGACGCGGAUGGGCACGCCUGUCCUGGAAGCACUGGGCGAUGGGGAGUUUGUUAAAUGCCUCCAUUCUGUGGGGUGCCCUCUGCCUUUAAAAAGUAAGUGUAUUAUUUCAGAUUCGAAAGUCAAAAUAAAAAAGAAAGCUGAACACCAUCCCACGGGUGCCUCGGGGACCCCCAAGCAGGGCCCUGGCGCACUGAUGUGGGAGGGGUCCUUGUUCACAGAGCCUUUGGUCAAUAACUGGGCCUGCAACCCGGAGCUGACUCUCAUCGCGCACCUGCCUGAUCGCAGAGAGAUCAUCUCCUUCGGAAGUGGGUACGGCGGGAACUCGCUGCUCGGGAAAAAGUGCUUUGCUCUCAGGAUGGCCAGCCGGCUAGCCAAAGAGGAAGGCUGGCUGGCAGAGCACAUGCUGAUCCUGGGUAUAACCAACCCCGAGGGCAAGAAGAAGUACCUGGCGGCUGCAUUUCCCAGCGCCUGCGGGAAGACCAACCUGGCCAUGAUGAACCCCAGCCUCCCCGGGUGGAAGGUUGAGUGUGUCGGGGACGAUAUCGCCUGGAUGAAGUUUGAUGCGCAAGGUAAUUUAAGGGCUAUCAACCCAGAAAAUGGCUUUUUUGGGGUUGCUCCUGGGACCUCUGUGAAGACCAACCCCAAUGCCAUCAAGACAAUCCAGAAGAACACUAUCUUCACCAAUGUGGCUGAGACUAGCGACGGGGGCGUUUACUGGGAAGGUAUUGAUGAGCAGCUAGCUCCAGGAGUCACCAUCACUUCCUGGAAGAAUAAGGCGUGGAGCCCACAGGAUGGGGAACCUUGUGCCCACCCCAACUCGAGAUUCUGCACCCCUGCCAGCCAGUGCCCCAUCAUCGAUGCCGCCUGGGAGUCUCCAGAAGGUGUUCCCAUUGAAGGCAUCAUCUUUGGAGGCCGCAGACCUGCUGGUGUCCCUCUAGUCUAUGAAGCUCUCAGCUGGCAACAUGGAGUCUUCGUGGGGGCGGCCAUGAGAUCAGAGGCCACAGCAGCUGCAGAGCAUAAAGGCAAAAUCAUCAUGCACGACCCCUUUGCCAUGCGGCCCUUCUUUGGCUAUAACUUUGGUAAAUAUCUGGCCCACUGGCUUAGCAUGGCCCAGCACCCAGCAGCCAAGCUGCCCAAGAUCUUCCAUGUCAACUGGUUCCGGAAGGACAAGGAAGGCAAAUUCCUCUGGCCAGGCUUUGGAGAGAACUCCAGGGUGCUGGAGUGGAUGUUCAACCGGGUGGACGGGAAAGCCGGCGCCAAGCUCACGCCCAUAGGCUACAUCCCCAAGGAGGAUGCCCUGAACCUGAAAGGCCUGGGGCACGUCAACACAAUGGAGCUCUUCAGCAUCUCCAAGGAGUUCUGGGAGAAGGAGGUGGAAGAAAUCGAGAAGUAUCUGGAGGAGCAAGUCAACGCGGAUCUCCCCUGUGAGAUUGAGAGAGAGGUUCUCGCCUUGAAGCAAAGAAUAAGCCAGAUGUAAUCAGAACCUGAGCACUUUACCUUUAAAAUCAUUCCCUUUCCCAUCUACAAAGUGCAGUAGGAGCAAAAGAGGGCAAGUUUGUGAAAUUGAUGCCACCGUAAUAAUCAUCACCACACCAUGAGCAGAUCUGGAAGGCACACUUUGAUUUUUUUCAGGAAUAAGAACCACAGAACACAGACUAGUCGCUAAUGAAAUUGGAAAGGGAAAUCUUAGCACACCUCCAGAAAUUCACAUCCAAUACAUAGUUUGUUGAAAUUGAAGGUUACCCAGGAAUUUUGUCUUUUUAGUGUUUUUUCACCUUAGCUAUGUGGAUUAGCCAGAAUGCACACCGAAAAAAAAAAAAUACUUGAGCUGUGUAUAUAUAUGUGUGUUUGUAUAUGUGUGCACAUGUAUCUGUGUGGUGUAUUUGUGUAUGUGUAUUUGUAUGUACUGUUAUCAAUAAUAUAUUUAAUAACUUUGGAAAAAUCUUGGGCAAGAUGACAUACUAGUUGUGCUUGAAAGAGACGUUGCUUUGUUAUUAACAUGUAUGUUUAAAUUAUUUUUAUACACUGUUGUUCCUUACCUUCACAUAAUUGCAAUAUUUCCCCCUUACUACUUCUUGGGAAAAAAAUUACAAAAUGAAGUUUUAUAGAAAAGAUGGA